AUGGCAGUACUAGUUGAAACGACGGUUGGUGAUAUUGUCAUCGAUUUGUUCGUGAAAGAACGCCCGAGAUGUUGCCUCAAUUUUCUGAAGUUGUGUAAAUUGAAAUACUAUAAUUUUUGCCAAUUUCAUGCGAUUGAGCAAAAUUAUAUCGUUCAAACAGGAGAUCCAACUGGUACAGGAAAUGGCGGAGAAUCGGUAUUUACCUAUUUGUAUGGUGAUCAAGCGCGUUAUUUCGAGCCAGAACUUGUUCCUAAAUUACGUCAUACCAGAAUUGGUAUUGUAUCGAUGGUUAAUAAUGGUGCUAACAUGCUUGGCAGUCAAUUUUUUAUUACCUUAGGUGACAAUUUAGAUUAUUUGGAUGAGAAGCAUACUAUUUUUGGACAAGUAACCGAAGGACUAGAUACAUUAGAAAAGUUGAAUCAGGAAAUAUGUGAUGAGCAAAAUAGGCCAUUUCGGGAUAUACGCAUAGCUCAUACUGUUAUAUUAGAUGAUCCUUUUGACGAUCCUAAGCAACUUCACUUUCCGAGUAGAUCGCCAUCCCCGACAAUUAAUCUUUUAAAUGUUUCUCAAAUUGCUUUGGAUCAGUUAUUAAAUGAGGAAGAAGGUAAAACUGAAGAAGAAAUACAAAAAGAAAUUGAAGCCAAAGAUAUGGCUGCUCAGGCACAAAUUCUGGAAAUGGUAGGCGAUUUGCAUUACGCAGAUGAGAAGCCACCUGAUAAUGUUUUGUUCGUGUGCAAGUUGAAUCCAGUUACGACGGAUGAAGAUCUCGAAAUUAUUUUUUCUCGAUUUGGCAAAAUAAAAUGCUGUGAAGUCAUUCGUGAUAGGAAAACGGGUGCUUCACUGCAGUAUGCUUUCAUUGAAUUUGAAGAGGUCCAAAGUUGCGAAAAUGCUUACUUCAAAAUGGAUAACGUGCUGAUUGAUGAUAGGCGGAUACAUGUUGAUUUUUCCCAAUCAGUUGCCAAGAAUUACCAGUGGAAAAGAAAGGACGGAUCGGAAAAACGAGUAAACAAUUCCGAUGUUGCAGAGAAAUCAGACAUCGAGCAUAAAAAGCUAAAGAUGGAGAAGUAUAGUGAGAAAGAGAAGAAAACUCGAUCAAGUGAUAAAAUGAUAAAUCAACGUUCAAGAAGACGCUCAAGCUCGCCGGAUUACAAGAAAUAUGCACGAUCUUAUCGGAAUGAACGACCAAUAAGCCGUAAAAGACAUUCACAGCAACGUUCGAGAAGUCGUGAAACUCGUGCGCAUCAACGAUCAAGAAGCCGUGAAACACGUGCACAUCAUCGAUCAUACCGACAUUGA